UUAUCAAGCUAAAAGACCGGGCUGUUGACACUUUCCUCCUUCCAUUGAGGGCAGUUCACGAUUCCUGGCAGCGAGCACUUGUUUGGAGCAUGCAGGGUCAAUGCAGAGAGAGCGAGAGGUACCGCUGCAGUGGGAAGACCUUCCAGUUUCCUCCAGCCCUGUGGUUUUGAGACAGGACUGCGUGCUGCUGGUGCUGUGGAGAGCUGGCAGGCACAGGCUUCCGGCAGGCAACAGGUUAUCCAUAGCUGUGUGCUGAGAGAUGGAGGCGCUCGGUGCUCGCCUGCUCCCCUCCAGCCGCUGCUGCCCAGCCUAAAAUCAGGUGCUGAUGUCCUUUUUCACAGCCGAGAGAAAGCAAAUAAGCAAAGGUGUGUGAGUGUGUGUGUGUGUGUGUGUGUACAGAAAAGGAAGAGGGGGCUAGUAAACAUGGAUUCAAGAUCUUCCUCUCCCCAGUGGCUGUGCAGAGGAAUGAAAGGUCUGCGUCAAGCUGAGGUGGAAGGGUUGCAGGUCACUGUGCCUGAGAAGAAGAAGGUGGCCAUGUUAUUUCAGCCUGCUCUGCUUCGCUGCCAUUUCUCUACUUCUUCCACCCAACCGGCUGUGGUACAGUGGAGGUACAAAUCCUACUGCCAGGACCGGAUGGGAGAAGCUCUGGGUAUGGUGACUUCUGGUUUGCAAACAAUGAGCAAGAGGAACCUGGACUGGGAUCCCUACCUGGACUGUGUGGACAGCAGGAGGACAGUGCGUGUCGUGGCCUCCAAACAGGGAUCUGCCAUCACCAUAGGAGACUUCUAUAAGGAAAGAGAUGUCAGCAUUGUCCAUGAUGCAGACCUGCAGAUUGGGAAGCUGAUGUGGGGAGACAGUGGCCUCUAUUACUGCCUUAUUAUCACACCAGAUGAUGUGGAGGGCAAGAAUGAAGAAUCAGUGGAGCUGCUUGUGCUUGGCAGGACAGGGCUGCUUGCUGAUCUCUUGCCCAGUUUUGCUGUGGAGAUUAUGCCAGAGUGGGUCUUUGUGGGCCUGGUGAUCCUGGGAGCGUUCCUGUUCUUCCUCCUGGUGGGGAUCUGCUGGUGCCAGUGCUGCCCGCACAGCUGUUGCUGUUACGUCCGCUGCCCCUGCUGUCCUGAGUCCUGCUGCUGUCCCCGGGCGCUGUAUGUAGCAGGCAAAGCAGCAAAAGCUGGGUACCCCCCUGCAGUCUCUGCCAUGCCAGGUCCAUACUACAUCCCCAGUGUUCCUGUUGCUGGUGUCCCAUCUCCUGCUGUGCUGAUGGAUAAGUCACACCCUCCUCCCUUAGCCCCAAGUGAGGCCAGUGGAGGGAGCCAAAAUGUGCGCAAAGGGUACAGGAUCCAGGCUGACAAGGACAGGGACUCCAUGAAGGUGCUGUACUAUGUGGAGAAAGAAUUGGCUCAAUUUGACCCGGCUAGAAGGAUGCGAGAACGAUAUAACAACACGGUCUCUGAGCUGAGCUCGCUGCACGAGGAGGACCUGAACUUCCGCCAGCCCUACCGGCAGGCGCGGAGGAAACCUCUGCCCCCCGCGGGGGACAUGGAUGGCGAUGCCGAGUACUGGGCAGGAGUCGUGGGCGGGGGCAGCACCUCCAGAUCACAGGCUGUGUCUGAGUACAGGGAUGAGCGCGACAGCUACUGGCACAGCCAGCAGAGGUCCAAGUCGGAGAUGCUGUCCCGUAAGAGUUUCUCCGUGGGAGUGCCGGCCGUGUCCAUGGACGAGCUGGCGGCCUUUGCCGAGUCCUACAGCCAGCGGCCGCGGCGGGCGGACAGCCAGGAAAUGCGGCGCUUCGAGCGCUCCGAGUCGCACGGCGGGCGCGGCGGGGGGCUGCCCCACCAGGACAGCUCCAUGGAGGAAUACUACAGCAAGCGCUGCAGGGGCAAUCGGGAGCCGCUGACGGACUCGGAUCGGGGCUGGUCCUACAGCCCGCCCCGGAGACGGGCCCACGAGGAGAAGCACUUCCCCAGGCUGGUGAGCCGGACGCCCGGAGGGAGCCAGAAAUACGAUCACUCCUACCUCAGCAGCGUCUUGGAGAGGAAAUCCCGGAGCUACGACGAGAGUGGUGACCAUUGUGCAACCCCCUCGAAGCUGAGCUCGCAGCCCAGCCAGAGAGGAGGGAGCACCUACUAUGCCUGGUCACCGCCCUCCACCUACAAAGCCGAGAAGUCGCAGCCGCAGCCGUCGUCGUCCCCCGAGCAGGACGAGGAGGAGGAGGAGGACAGCCUGCCCCCCUACAGCGAGAGGGAGCUGAGCCGAGGCCCUUCCUACAGGGCCAGGGAACAGGCCUACCUCAAUGCCUCUGACAAGAAGAGGAAAAAGGACCCCAAGAAAACAAAUGAUUUCCCAACAAGGAUGUCCCUUGUGGUUUGAAGUUGUGGACCUGUCAUGUUGAUGGGCUGGAUAUCAUGAGGUGACUGCAGUGGAGAAGAUGCAGAACAACAAGCUAAACAUGCCUCUGUGAACCUUUGCAGCCAUCAGCCAUGGACUGUUUCAAUUUUUUGCUUCAUCCAGGGGAGCUGAGGCUUUUGUAAGAGACUGACUCCCAUGGACAGCACUCAGAUCUCAGAGGCUCUGGGAGUCUGCCCAGAAAAUGAGGCUAGGGGUCUCUUUGGCACCCUGUUUUCCAGUGCCCUCCAUUCUGCACUGGACAGCAGCCACAUCCCUACUGCCCCUGCAGCCCUGAACUACAAGUGAGGCUGCCUUUGUGCCUCCUGCUCUGUCCCACGUGCAGAGGGAGGCGUGUGUGCCUCUUGCUCUCUCUGUCUCAGUUCUCUGAAUCAAAAUUGGCUCCAUACUUAAAGCCUUUUCUGUAUCAUUCCCGUGCUGGGAGGAGGCCUUGUUCUUACAACUGCAGACUGCCUUCAGCUGAUCAGGCCCUAAAUCACGAAAGAAAAUCCACAUUCUUUCAGACACUGUAAGAAAAUGACUGAUGAGAUGUUACCUUGAUAAGGGCUGAAUGGGGAAGGGACAAUUAUGAGCUGAUUUGUUCAAUAUAUUUAGUUCUGUUUGUUGUGUGAUGAGAGUUGCAGGUGAGAUGGAUGUAUUGUUUUGAAAGUGGGUCAAAGUAGCUUUUAUUGUAAUGAGAGCAUGAUUUGUUUCCCCCUGCCCCCAACUGUGUUUUGUUUUGAUGCUGUUGCAUUUCCCUGCAGCUCAGCUGUGACUCUGUAGAGCUUCAAGCUGGAGUACCUACUCCACUGUUUUAAAAGCAGUGCUCUAGCCUUCCUAGUGCUCUGCUUUCAGCACCACCAGACACCUCUGCCACUCUAGUCAGUGGCCUUUUUGUUUCAAGGAAGCAAGAAGGGGACAGUCUCAGUGAGAGGGCAGCUGCAGACCUUCAUCCUGUGCACUGGUAUCACUCCUUUCUGGGAACAGUUUCCCAGAAGAAACUACUACUGAAGAGAGCAGUAACAGCAGUGGGAAAGAACAAGCACUGUGGACGGAUACAAGCUUUGAAAGUCACCCUUUUCACUUGAAACCAUUCCAUUCACUUUGGUUGGGAUGUGGUUUUAGUGGCUGUUGUCUCAGGCAUAGCUUUAUUUAAAAGUGAGUGCUUCACACCGUUUGGAAGCCUGAUAUUCUGGUUUUCAUAGGGUAUUAUGCAGUCAUGUAUUUAGCUGCUAAAAUCAUCAUGUGAGGGAAGAUGAUGGGAACAUUUUAAGCUCCAGUAUCUUGAUUCCUAUUGCACCUAGAAACAACUUAGUGCCCUGUUGUUACGGAUAUUAUCAGCCUCUGAAAUGACAUCUUUGUUGUUCCUCUGGGAAUUUGGGAAGCUGUCUGGCCUCACAUGCUCAUACUGGCAGUACUGUUUGGGACACAAGGUAUAUUAACAUCACUGCAGUUCUCCAUAAAAAUGAUAGAUUAAUUUCUGUAUUACUCCUUUUCAAGAUAGUUCACCCACCAGGAAUGGUCAGGGGAGAGGAAAAAUAAUCUCCAUGGAUUUGAUGACAGUUUUCAUGUGAGAAGGUGAAUUGAUGAAAGGAUGACAUUCUUCUCACAUACUCCUCUACUGAUGACUGUAGUUUUGGAAAUCCUAGUCCUGGGUCUUCCUGGCCAGAGGGAUUAGCCAGCAGGAACAUACAAUUGUGGAAUUGCAGAAUUGUUUGUGCAGGAGGUAGCCUUUAAAGAUUUCAACAUUUAAAGUUUCAACCCUCUGCCACGGGAAGGGACAUCUUCCACAUAUGAGGUUGCUCAAAGCUCCAUCCAACUGGAUCUUGAGCACUUCCAGGGAUGGGACAUCUGCAGCUUCUCUGGGCAACAUGUUGCAGUGUCUCACCACCCUCACAGUAAAGAAUUUCUUCCUUGUAUCUAAUCUAAAAUUACCCUAUUUUACUUGAAAAUCAAUGUCCUGGUAAAAAGUCCAUCUCCAGCUUUCUUGUAGGUCCCUUUAUUCACUGGAAGCUCCACAGAGCCUUCUUUUCUCCCCAGCCCCAACUCUCUCAGCCGGUCUUUAUAGAAGAGGUGUUCCAGCCCCUCUGACCAUUUUUGUCUCCCUCCUCUGGACCUGCUCUAACAGGUCCAUGUCUUUAUGUGGCUGGCCCCAGAGUUGAACACAGUACUCUGUGUGGGGUCUCAGGAGGAUGGAGGAGAGAGGAAUGAACGGCGUCAGCCUUGCUGCAGGUCCUUGAGGGACACUGCUUGUUACUGGUGUCCUUUUGGACACUGAGUGAUGCUCUGCAUGUGGCCAUCCAGCCAAUUCCUUGUCCAUCAGGUAGUCAUCCACCAAACCCAUCCCUCUCCAGUUUAGAAACAAAAUGUUGUUGGGACUGUCAAAGGCCAGAAGUCGAGGUGCAUGACAUCAGAUGGAUUUUCCUUAUCCACCAGCGCAGUCACUCUGUCAUAGAAGGUCUCAAAAUAAACAGGUCUGAUUUGUCCUUGGUGAAGCCAAGCCAGCUGUCUUUAAUCACUUCUCUCCCAUCCAUAUGCCUUGAGGUGGCUUCCAGGAGGAUCUUUCAGGGCACAGAGGUGAGGCUGACUGGUCAAGAGUUCCCAGGGCCCUGUUCUUUAUCCCUUUAAAAUGGGUUUGGUGUGUCCCUUUUACCAGUCACUGGGGACCUGACUGCCUGAGUGCCAUGACUUUUCAAAGAGGGAGAGCAACUUAGCAACUGCAUUUACCAUCUACCUGUAUUAUGGCUGGAGAGACCAACAUUUAAGUAUUUUCAUUUUUUUUUAAUUUUUUUUUUCCAUUAUUUUUUUUUUCUUAGGAAAAUCACAGCACAGUUAGCAAGAGGUGGGCAGGUGGCUGCCAUCUGAGGUCUCUGAGGCCUUGAGAAGUCUACAGAGCUACACUAUGUGCUGUUUUAAAUCAAACAUUUCAUUCCUGACAUAUGAGGAUUCUAGCAAGUUGAUGUUUUGUUAGUCUGAAAACCUUGGCAACCCCUGUGCCAUGAAUUUCAAGGGAUCUUAGCCUGCUAUCAUUUCCAUCAGACCCAGGAAACAGUUGACAUAGAAAUUUAAAAGUGCAUCUGGCUGUGCCAGAAAGGGCCCAAACCAGUGGUUUUACAGUCUCUGAAUACCUCUAUCUUUUAAAUCAUACUGAAAGCCUAAGCAUUACAAUCUUCUCAUUUCAGUUAUGUUCUGUCCCUUAUCUCAGUCACUGUAGUUUAUUUGAUCAAGCCCUCAGGAAUGAGUUGUGUGUAUUAAAAAUACAAGUCUUCAUUUAUUUGAGUCAGUUUUGUUUGUUCAGUGCUGGUACUUUAGGGCAUCUGUACACUGUGUGUAAGGAGUUGCCAUUUGUGUAUCUAGCUUAUAAAUAAGUAGCUGCAAGCUAAUUCUUUUAAGAAAACUGUUUUAAUUGUAUAAUUAAAUUUGGAAACAUCUCUUGAAUCCAGGUACUUGGAAAAGUAUUGAAGAUUUUAUGACUAGUGAUUCUGUGGAUUUUACCAGAUGAUAAGUUUCAGCUGCAGGAAAAAAAAAGGAGGUCUUAAUUCCCUGAAGUCAGAUAUGAGCAGCAGCAACCUUGCUCUAAAAUUUUGUAUUUCAUAUCUCUCUGUACAAAUCUGCGGGAAUUUUCAGUUACUGAUCAUGUCUGUCCUAAGGCCACCUUUAUUUUUCCCAUUAGAAGUGUGUCUGCAGCAGCAACAAAUGGACCAAAUCAAGAAGUGAGGGGUGACUAGAAUAUCUGCACAGCUACACAACCCUAACGACCUGUGACUCCUGCAGCAGGGGAGCAGGGGCCCAGAGACUGACAGACAGCUCGAGAGGAGCCUCAUGUUCCAGGAGACGAGUAAUGGUUUGUGUCUGUGCCAUCUUUUAGAGCACCUGCAGAAUGCUGGCACUGGGAAAUAAAUGAGCCUGGUUAUUAUGUGGUCUCAAAUUAUAAGUGUUCCAGUGAUGAAUUUUUAUUGCUGGCAUAAAAUUAAAAUCCUUUUCUUACUGGA